AUGAAUCAAGAGAUGAGCGAGGAGGAGAAGAUAGCGUACGUGUUUAAAGUGGUGGUGAUCGGCGACUCCAAGUCCGCCAUCGGCGUCGAAUUUCAGAACCGAACCAUCUCCAUCAGCUCUAAACUCGUCAAGGCUCAGAUCUGGGACACCGCCGGCCAGGAGAGGUAUAGAGCUGUGACGAGCGCGUACUACAGGGGAGCCCUGGGGGCAAUGCUGGUGUACGACGUGACGAAGCGGCAGAGCUUCGACCACGUGACGAGAUGGGCGGACGAAAUCGAGAGACUUGAACAACUCAGGGCUCACGCCGACGCCUCCAUUGUCAUCAUGUUGAUAGGUAACAAGGCUGAUCUCGUCGACUCCAGAGCUGUGGAGUUCGCGGAGACCCAAAAUCUCUUCUUCUUCGAGACCUCGGCUCUCAGCGGGGAGAAUGUGGAGCCUGCGUUCCUGACGCUGCUCCAGGAAAUCUAUGAUGUGGUUUCUAAGAAGGCCUUGGAUAGCAGCAAUUUGGUGAAGCCCAAUGGGGGGCUGUUGUCAGGGUUGAAGAUUGAAGCCGCUCAGUCUGAAGUUAGUGAGAUGAAGAACUUGUCUACCUGUUCUUGCUGACUUGUGUUUCUCAAUAUACUACACCAUGUGCUACUUUUGCUAUGUUUUCAAAUAUUAUCGGCAUGGGGCUAACUGCCAUCGCUGUCGGUGGAAAUUUGCCACUCAAAUCCCUACGGCUUCAUGUGGCUGAUGAUAAUCAUAUCUGUUGAUAAAAAAUAUCCAUAGGCUUAUUGUUGAUGUUUGUUAACUAAAC